UCUUUCUCUCUUUUUUAUUCCCCCCCCCUUUCAUUCCUCUGUUGUCACCCCUCUCUCCACCUUCCCCCCCUCCCCCCAGCACAAGAAGGAGACGGACACUUCACCGGGAGAGGCUCCAACCAUGCGCCCCUCCAGCUUCCACAAGCACGGAGGAGAAGCCCUCAUCUAAAUACAUGGGGGUGCCGUUUUAUAAGACAUAUCCCUCUUUAUUUUUUCAUUUAAUUUGUAUUAUUUUUUAAUGGACCGGAUGAUCUCAAAAUGGAGCAGUGAAAGCUACAGCUUUGCGGGGGAGGUAGCUGUAUCUGGUUGGGUGGCAGGCGUAUCCAAGGGGUGCCAUGAAGUACUCUGGGCCCCUGGAGAGCCAGAGACUGUCCUUUCUUUUAGAAAGGGCAGUCUCUAGAGAAGCCCAGAUGUGGAAGGUGUGCGUGCACAAGACCCCAACCAACCAGGAUACAGCUAUUUCUCCACAACAGCGGGAUGAUGUUAUCCAAUGGUUGGCCGAGUUGAGACACCAGUUCCAGGUUUACCCAGAAACGCUUGCCCUCGCCAUAAAUAUUUUGGACCGAUUCUUGGCCUCAGUCAAGGCUCAUCCAAAAUACUUGAGGUGCAUUGCAAUCAGCUGCUUCUUUCUUGCUACUAAAACCAUUGAAGAGGAUGAGCAGAUUCCUGUCCUAAAGGUUUUGACACAGGAAAGUGACUGCGGCUGCUCUCCAGCUGAAGUCCUCCGGAUGGAGAGGAUUAUUCUGGACAAACUGAACUGGGACCUUCACACGGCAACACCUUUGGAUUUCCUUCAAAUUUUCCAUGCCAUGGCACUGACCAGCAGCCCUCAGAUGUUAGACAGGAUGCCAGAGAUGAAUCCAUCGCAACACUUGGCUCUGCUUACCCGUCAGCUUCUUCAGUGUGUUGCUUCUCACCAGCUCCUGCAAUUCAAGGGCUCCAUGUUGGCAUUGGCUGUCCUCAGCCUAAAUAUGGAAAAACUACUUCCUGAUUGGCUGGGGCUUACCAUCAAACUGCUUCAGACUGCAGAGAUGGAUAGCUCCCAGCUGUUUCGCUGUCGGGAAGAGGCAGCACGUCACCUUUCUCCUCUGCAGGCUUCCUUGCCUACCAACGCUGUAUAUGUCUACAGCCCCUUCAAGCAGACGCUGGUGACCUGCAACAGAGGAGAGUACCAAUUCCGUCCCUCCCCUGUCCCAGGGCCAGCAGUCCACAAACAGGGUAAAAGCACACCAGGAGCUCUUAUGAAGGGAGCAACUUUCUUCUACCAGCGGCUAGCAGCCCCAACUGCCUGCAAGCAGGCUUCCACCAAGCGUAAAGUGGAGCAGAUGGAAGUUGAUGAUUUCUAUGAUGGGAUCAAGAGGCUGUACAAUGAAGAUACCACUAUGGAGGUUGGGAGCAUUGAGAUUGCUGCAUGCAAUAGCAGCCUGUCUAGGCAGGAGGGCAGCAUAUCCCCAUGUCCCCAGUUACAAGCAGUGUCUGUCAUGUAAUUGCAGCCUUUCACACCUACGAGUAAGAUUCCUUCUGACACCCCUAUAGGCUGGGAGUUGCAUCUUCCAAUGUGGUGCAUUCCUGGCCUCCUUAACCGGAAUUGUGUUCAAGAACCAUACAGAAUGAUAUCCAUUGUAGUAAAGGCCAUACCAUACCAGCUCUGGACAGAGGUCUACGAUUCCUGCCUGUUUUCUCAUGCUGCUAAUUCUAGUUCCAUCUCUGUCAUUAUAAUAGGUAAAAAAAAAAAAUAUAUGAAAACAACACAUAAAAUGAAAACAUAUUAAAAAAAAAAAAAUCCAAAACGCCUAAAAACAAUAAAAAAAAGUAGCAAGAUUGUUUAACUUUUAGUAUUGUCAGUUCCAUUGUGUUUUGCUGGCGUAUUGUAUACUGUGCACCUUGACAUUUUUGUGCAAGCAUAUUUCUAUCUGGUGUUCUCGAGAUGCCCUUAAGCAUUAUCUUUUAUGUAUGUCAAAUAUUUUUUCUUCCUAUGCUUCAGCUUCCUUGUGAAAACUGACUUUACACUAAAAAAUAUUUUCAUUCCUAUCCGACCAACAGACAAAAUGAUAACCAUGAGUCCCAUCAAGUUAUUUAGUUGUGCUGUAAUAGUUGGAGAGCACUCUGCUUACUCAGCAUUGUGUGUGUUUUUUGAUCUGACACCUACUAUAUAGAUUAAUCGGAAUUCGGUUUAAUUAGUUCUAGAACUCUCAUCUGUGCUUAUUGAUCAAUAGCAACUGGCCCUGCAGUGCAGUCAUUCUCUGCUUGAAGUGAGUUGAUGAGAUGUAUGUUUUUCUUUUCACUCAUAGUUACACACCUACCAGAUGCGGUUUUAAUCUAUUUUGAUUCAUUCACUUUUAUUUGUUGUUUUAACAGUGCACCAUGACUUAACCAUGGCCGGUUUUAAAGAAUAUUAGAAUCUUUUUUUGUAGAAACAUCAGGAUUCUCCUAUUUUCCCCUGGGACAGCAUUAUCUAGAGUUCAUAAAUGCUGAAAUAGUUUGUCCCAGCAUGCAUCCUUAACUUUCUAUUGUAAAGCUGUACUAUUCAUAACAUCAUACUUUGUAAAGAUCUCUGAUCAGUCUGGGGCAGGCAUGGCCUAUGGAAUCUUUAUUCCCAUGUAAGUUUUUCCUGGUUGCAAUAAAGAAUUGCCCUAAAUGUAA